AUGCCUGGUUUCAACCUUUUGACCAAUGUGGACAUCGGAAGGUGCAUGCGAGUUUGUUAUAAGUUUAGUUUGUGUCAAUCGGUGGACUGGACACGAGAAAAAAAGACAUGCUGGCUAAACACAAGAUAUUCGAACAAGAAUGUCAGUAACUUGAGAACUGAAAACCGCCUCAUUCAUAUUGACCGGGAGAAUUUUCCAGAGCACAUGACCGGAACUUGUCUAAACCAUACCUGUUCUGAAGAUUCUUUCUGUGCUCGUGAUGGUAACUGUGUAACUGUUUUAAAAGAACAAAGAUACAAGGAUUGUGAGGAGAUCAUGAAAAAAGACCCCAGCAAGAAAGGACAAGAUGGAGUGUAUGUUAUUUACCUUGACUCCUGGAAAGAAGUUUUCUGUGACAUGACGAUAGAUGGAGGAGGGUGGACGGUCAUUCAGAAACGAGAAGAUGAUGACGUUGAUUUUUAUAGGACAUGGAACGAGUAUAAACAUGGAUUUGGGAAUGCCUCUAAAAAUUACUGGAUAGGGAAUGAUGCAAUCCAUGCUUUAACCAAAGAUCAGGACCAGGAACUGCGAGUAGAUCUCAAGAGAUUUAAUGGGGACACAGCGUAUGCUGAAUAUUCCAUCUUUUAUAUCGGAAACGAGGCUGAUAAAUACCGACUCACAGUAUCCGGGUACAACGGAACAGCAGGUGACAGUUUGGAUCCUCAUAAUGGUAUGAGAUUCAGCACGAAAGACCAGGAUAAUGAUAUAGUUAGAUAUAGCUGUGCUAAUUCACAUCACGGUGCCUGGUGGUACUUUGCCUGUACCAACUCAAACCUUAACGGAGAGUAUGCACAGUCUGAAGUGACUAGUUAUAAAUGUCCGUAUUGGUAUCGCUGGACGAAUGGAUAUAAAGCACUACAAAGGACUCUUAUGAUGAUAAGACGCAAACGCACAAGUUGA